CUGAAUUUUACGUGCAGCUAUAAAAUGUUCACGUUUUAACGAUUCAGCAAGAUCACUUCUUUUACCGAUUUCAUUUUGAAGCUCGUUAAUUUUUAUGUGAAAUCUCAACCCAGACGCCAUUUUAUCAACGAUGAACAAAAUGUAGUGACAUCUAGCAAAUAUUUUACACAGAGUAAAUAUUGUGUAAAUUGAGAAUCAUAGUAAUAACUUAUUCAGACAUAGACAUAGAUUUUAAUGUAGUAAAUAAUGAUAUUAUAAAAUUUAUAAAAGUAAAGUGAAUAAAUUGUAUAUAUCAUACUUAAAAUUUGUAUAUAUUUUGGCAUUUUUAACGGAAAAUCAUUAAAAUGAUAAUACCUAUUAAACGUGAUCAAGAUGUACAAGAGUGGGCUAUAGUGGAAUUAAAAGGUGAAUUAUCGUUUGGUACAAAAGAUAUUACAAAUAGUCAUUACAUUGGUGAUUUUCAUUUUACAAAAUCUGGAACACCAAUGCUUAUAAUUGGUAUUCAUGUAAUGUAUGGGAAAGAGAUGGCUCUUACAAAACCUAUUGCAGUUUUAAAAAAAAAAGUUGUCUCUUCAACUAAUCAGUCAAAAGAAGAAGAUUGUAAAACUGAAUAUACUAUUCAAGCAAUUGUAAAUAAGAAAAUUGUUUUUAAAUUUAGACCCAAGCCUAUUGUAAAUAGCAUAGAAGUAUAAAAGGUUUUGAAAAUGGUCAUGUUUAAAAAAAGGUUUAGGACAUUAAAUUAUUGUGUAUUUACAUAUUUUAUAAAAAUAUCGUUUUUACAUGGCCUAUUAACUCAUUAUACUUGACAUCAUUCUAUAAGGUUGUACAGACUUAUAUUUAUUUAUUUUAUAAUUUAAACAAGCAAUUAAAAACACAAAAAUCUUAUAAAUGUAAAUUUAAUCUUUCAUUUCUCCUUCUUCGUCUUCUUCUUCUACACCACGUAUGUACAUAACAUUGUUACAUCGUAUCAGUACUUCUCCAAGAUUACCAGUACAAUUUCCAUCUAUGUGUUCUUCUGUAUUUGCAAGUUGUAAAUUCAUAUAACCAUCUACUGACACAAGGUAACCUUUAUAUUCGUGACCCCACUUUAGUUUUACCAUUACAGGCUUUCCAGUUAAACCAUUUAAAAAUGGUUUUGGAUUUAUCGGCAUUGUUGCAGCCAUGAUGAUGAUCGAAUAUUAUCUAAAUAAGAAAAAUUAUAUUAAUCAAUAUUUAAGUUAUAUUAAUUAAUGUCUAAUCUAAUUAAAUUUAUCUCUCUCAUUUUUAUUUAAGCAAGUACUCAAUCGGCUUAGGUUAUAUUUUGCUAAUAAAUAUAAAAUUUUUUAAUUGUC